GGCCGGGCUGAUUACUUCCUCCACCGCGGCGCCGAGGGCGGAGUGGCCCAGCGAAUCUGCGCCCAGCCCCGGCCUCGAUCCCCGAUCCCGAUCCUCGCCCGUGCUCGCCUCCCGCUGCGCUACCGAGAACACAACCCAAGCUCCACCGCUGGCCGCCGGCCUUGCCCCGCGGCGAGAUGAAUGAUUUUGGACUGAAGAACAUGGACCAGGUAGCUCCUGUGGCUAAUGGUUUUCGAGGGACACUCAAGCGCCAGCCAGCCUUUGACACCUUUGAUGGGUCUCUGUUUGCUAUUUUCCCCUCUCUAAAUGAAGAGCAAACGCUCCAAGAAGUGCCAACAGGCUUGGAUUCCAUUUCUCAUGACGCUGCCAACUGUGAGCUGCCUCUGCUGACCCCCUGCAGCAAGGCUGUGAUGAGCCAGGCCUUAAAAGCCACCUUCAGCGGUUUCCAGAAGGAGCGGCGGAGGCUCGGCAUCCCUAAGAACCCCUGGCUAUGGGAUGAGCAGCAAGUGUGCCAGUGGCUUCUGUGGGCCACCAACGAAUUCAGCCUGGUGGACGUGAACCUGCAGCGGUUCGGCAUGAACGGCCAGGUUCUGUGCAACCUCGGCAAGGAGCGUUUCCUGGAGCUGGCGCCUGACUUCGUGGGCGACAUCCUCUGGGAGCAUCUGGAGCAGAUGAUCAAAGAAAACCAAGAAAAGACAGAAGAUCAGUAUGAAGAAAACGCACACCUCAACUCAGUUCCCCAGUGGAUUAACAACAACACCUUAGGUUUUGGUGUGGAGCAGGCUGCAUAUGGAAUGCAGACCCAGAGCUACCCCAAGGGCAGCCUCCUUGACAGCAUAUGUCCAUCUUCUGUGGCACCCAGGGUGCUGAGCUCCGAACAGGACUUUCAGAUGUUUCCCAAGUCCCGACUCAACACCGUUAGCGUCAGCUACUGUUCUGUUGGCCAGGACUUCCCCAGCAGCAACUUGAAUUUGCUCACCAACAGUUCUGGAAAGCCCAAAGACCACGACUCGCCUGAGAACGGGGGGGACAGCUUUGAGAGCUCAGACUCGCUGCUGCGCUCGUGGAACAGCCAGUCAUCCCUGCUGGACGUGCAGCGCGUGCCUUCCUUCGAGAGCUUCGAGGACGACUGCAGCCAGUCCCUGUGCCUUGGCAAACCAACCAUGUCCUUCAAGGACUACAUCCAGGAGCGCAGUGACCCAGUGGAGCAAGGCAAACCCGUCAUCCCUGCAGCGGUGCUGGCCGGCUUCACAGGAAGUGGACCCAUCCAGCUGUGGCAGUUUCUCCUGGAAUUACUCUCCGACAAGUCUUGCCAGUCGUUCAUUAGCUGGACAGGAGAUGGAUGGGAGUUUAAGCUUGCUGACCCUGAUGAGGUGGCCCGCCGGUGGGGAAAGAGGAAAAAUAAGCCCAAGAUGAACUACGAGAAGCUUAGCCGGGGCUUACGCUACUAUUACGACAAGAACAUCAUCCACAAGACAUCGGGCAAGCGCUACGUGUACCGCUUCGUCUGCGACCUGCAGAACUUGCUGGGGUUCACACCGGAGGAGCUCCAUGCCAUCCUGGGAGUCCAACCCGACACGGAAGACUGAGGUCCCUGGACUUCCCUGAGCCCACCCUAGGCCCGGGGGACCCUGAGUGGGAAGCCCGUCCAGACCGGCUGCUUCAAGGACCCCUGAAAGGCGUCCCGGAAAGUUGCCGAGAAGCAGUGGCCUUUUUUCAUCCAGAGCGUGCCUCUGUCGAGGCCGUGCCCCUCGCGGCAACAGACUCUGCUUCUCGACUCUGGAGUCUGCAGGCGGGCGGUGCCACUGUUGUGUGGCAGCGGUCUUGAGGGCUCCAGAAGCCGGCCUGCAUCUGCCCAGGCCACGCCGUGCCACACGGCAGGGUGGUUCUGACUGCUUGAGAGUCUCCGAGGAGGGAGCGUGUCACAGACAGACAACCCUUCACUAACGGAUUUUGGACUUUUGUAAGGAGGAGCAAUAAACGCGCAAACCGUCUCUGUCGGAGAGGGAUGCGGGGGGAGGGAAGGAAACCAGAGAUGCCAUUUCAGAAGUUUGUACAUAUUAUUGUAAUCUUAUUAUUGCUAUUAGAAUCCUCAUACCGUUCUAUUUAACAGAAAUUGUAUAUUGUAAUUUAAAAUAAUUAUAUAACUAUUUGAAAUAAGAAUGCAGACAUCCACUAUUUUAUUCCAUUUUUCAACAGCACACGAGUGGCAUUUUACAAAGAUUUAAUCUGCCAGUGCAGCCUAAGAGUGUUGUAAAGUGUGAUAUUUUCAUAUAAUAUACCUAUAGGAAUAAGGUCCACAGGGGUCGACCCUGGAUUUUUGCUCUUUUGUUGUUUUUUUGUUUGUUUUUGUUUUGCCUUGGUUAUUAUCUGGCAAGUACUUUGUACAUUUGGGGGCUUUUUAAAAAAAGAAACUUAAUGUUAUUAUCUUGGAGUGGGGAGGAUGCCUGGCCUCCCUGUUUUCUCCUUGAAUUGUAAAGUAAAAGCUAUAAAGCAGUAUUUUUCUUGACAAAUGGCAUAUGUUUUCCACUUUUCUGCAUGCCUUUCAAUCAGUUUGUACACAGAUGUCUUUUAUUUUUUGGUGUUAACCGUGGUUUCCCCGACAGCUCACCUCGCCCUGGCCAGCCGUUUCCUUUCUGGGCUUCACAUUACUCUGUGAUUAAAAUAAGAAUACUAUUUUUGAAAAUACGCGACUCCUUUUCAGAGAUCAGGAGGGAUUUAUGUAGCAGCUAUUUUUACUGCAAAAGUAAUUCACUGGGGGAAAAAAUGUAAUUUGUAUGAAAGCUUUAUUUUUAUCUCUGCUCCGUGUAAAGUUCAGAGUGUUGGACAGAGCGGGCUCUGGGCGGGGAGGGGUCGCUGUCAAACCCUGGACCUGAGUGAGCGAGGCAUGGCUUGGGCCAUCUGGAUAGCAUGCUCUGCUUUCUGCUCUGUGUCUUCAGCCAGAAGCUGUUUUUAGGGCUUGGGUUUUGUUUUUCUUCCCAGUUUUCCUGGACACAACACCCAGAGGCACAGAGAAAGCCAGACAGGCAAGAAUUCCUAGUGCUCCCCUGGAGGAAAAGGUUUCAAUCUAGAGAAGAAGCUCCGGAGCACCAAAGUCCACCGUGUAGCUCUGGCCUGUUCAAAAGGUCAAGUUGCUCUGACUUCCAAGUGGGACAGACUUUACUACUUCCUGGCAAACUGGCUUUGGACAUCUCCGAAGACUCAGAGUCGUCCUGUGAUGAGAUUGUGGAUUGGGUCCAGGGCAACCUGGGCACAGCACAGCCAGCCUGGAACGACUUGGCCUACGUGUCCAGAAGCAGCGCUUGCCAGCACAGUUCAGCACAGGCUGUUUUUUCCAAGUGGGACCUAUUUAUCACUGGGACAUCUGUUUAUAAUAUAAACAGACAUGUGACGGGAACAUCUUGCUGCCAAAAGAAAGUAUAGCCAUCAGCUCAAUUUAUAUGAGUUUGAACCACUUUAAGUUGCUGGUUUGGGGCUGGCUUUUAUCAGCCAAAAUAGCAGUUUAAUGUACUGCAGCCUCAUGGCUUUGGGAACGUGAGUCCCUGGGAGCCUUUGGCAUGGCGAGGGACUGAUCUGAAGUAUAAAAUAUUUUGUAAUCUGGCCUUUCUGGAACAAUAAAAUAUUUGGUUUAUGUAAACAUCA